CUCCCAUCUGGCUUUAGUGGCUCUAGUGAUUGUGCAGAAUUGACGAUUUCAUUUGGUUGCUUUGAACAAGAUUCACUGUCAAUUAUCCUUUAAAAUUUUUCUAAUAAAUAGUAUUAAUUAUUUUUUAAUUCCAAAUCAGCUGAUAGAUAAACAUGGACAGAUUACUGAGAUUAGGAGGAGGAAUGACGGGACUAAAUCAAGGUCCGCCUCCGUCAGAUGCUCCUGUAGUUGACACUGCCGAACAGGUUUAUAUCUCUUCUCUGGCUCUGUUGAAAAUGUUGAAGCACGGUCGUGCUGGAGUACCUAUGGAAGUCAUGGGUCUCAUGUUGGGAGAAUUUGUCGACGAUUACACUGUGAGAGUUAUUGAUGUCUUUGCUAUGCCUCAAACUGGAACGGGUGUAAGUGUAGAAGCAGUAGAUCCAGUGUUCCAAGCAAAGAUGUUGGAUAUGUUGAAGCAAACAGGUAGACCAGAAAUGGUGGUCGGGUGGUACCACUCGCAUCCUGGGUUCAGUUGCUGGCUGUCGGGUGUUGAUAUCAACACACAGCAGUCCUUCGAAGCAUUGAGUGAAAGAGCUGUGGCUGUCGUAAUUGAUCCAAUCCAAUCCGUGAAAGGAAAAGUUGUUAUUGAUGCAUUUAGGUUAAUUAAUCCUAAUAUGAUGGUAUUGGGACAAGAACCCCGUCAAACUACCUCGAAUUUAGGACAUUUACAGAAACCAUCUGUGCAAGCUCUUAUUCACGGUUUAAAUCGUCAUUACUACAGUAUAAGUAUUAAUUACCGUAAGAAUGAAUUAGAGCAAAAAAUGUUGCUGAAUUUACAUAAAAAGACCUGGAUGGACGGUCUUACUUUGGCUGAAUAUUCUGAGCACAGUAAACUUAAUGAAAAUACUGUUGCUGAAAUGCUUGAGCUUGCUAAGAAUUAUAAUAAGUCAUUGGAGGAUGAGGAAAAAAUGACACCCGAACAACUGGCGAUUAAGAACGUCGGCAAGCAAGACCCGAAACGUCACUUGGAAGAAAAAGUUGACAUGUUGAUGUCCACAAACAUCGUCCAGUGUCUUGGAGCUAUGCUUGACACCGUUGUGUUUAAAUAAUUAUUUAAAAUAAAAUAAUUAUAAUUACUACAUAAUUCAUAACAUAAACACUAACACAUUUAAAUUCAUAUAUUACUUUUUAAUAAUUAAAGAAAAAAAUCCGAUAAAAUAAAAUUUUUUUUAAAACCA